UCUUUCAAGCACCAGCAGUUUUCCAAGCAGUUUUAUAGAGUGAAAUCAACUAGGAUAAUUCCUCGCAGCUGAUUCCUCGCUGGUCCGCUGUGUUGGUAAACUGUGUUUUCAGUUUUUGGAGUCAGUGAUUUGGGAUUUUGCCAAAAGUACGAGUUUUACUGUUGGAAUCAUGCCUGACUUCGUUCGAUUCGUAUUUAUUGACAUUUUUCUUGUUGUCCUGCUGUUUGGAGUCAGGAUACAUGGGCAAAUGAAUGUUUCCGUAACAACGGAAGAAUUCGGCCUGAUAACGACGCAGCAACCGGAAGUGGAUUUUAAGUGCACCGGAAGUGAUAUCCACUUCAACAUUGAACACCUUUGCGAUGGAAGAGCUCACUGUCCCCAAGAAGACGAUGAAUUUUUAUGCGGUGAUUUCGACGCCAAAGGAUGUAAAACGUCGGAGGAGAUGCGCUGCUCCAACACGUCAAGUACGUGCGUUAAGUUUACAGCCGUCUGUGACGGAAUCAGAGAUUGCGCAGAUGGGAGCGACGAAAUAUAUUGUGAGACAUCAGUUUGUGGGAGUACUUGCUCGUUUUGUUCUAAACUCGGUGCAUCAUGUGACGUUGGCGGAUCAAUCAGCAGCUUCGGAUCUUUAAAACUCCCUUCUACUAUACGAUAUUUGAAACUUACAAAUUUCUCUGACUUCCACAACGGUUUACCAAUCAACCAAGCAGAUUAUCCUCUACUAACGACAUUAAUCCUAUCUGGGAAUGGUAUCACUCUAUCCGCCAUUAGACAAAACUUGUUUGAAAACAUGACGUCGCUACAUACAUUGGAUCUGUCCGAGAACAACAUUACCACUUUGGAAAGGGGAACGUUUGACCAAGGAUUGCAUAGACUUCAGUACUUAUAUCUGAGGAGAAAUGACAUGAGAUAUAUUGAAGAUGGAUCUUUCAUUGGUCUACCGAAGUUACAACGAUUAUAUCUAGACAGAAAUGAGAUCACUGUGGUUCACAGAAAUUAUUUUAGCAACUUGAAAAAUCUUGUUUGGUUAGAUCUUGGUCACAAUGAUAUAGAAUGGAUUGAAUCGGGAACAUUUCAAGAUCUUGGAAACAUCACAGACCUGUUACUUCGGAAUAACUGCAUAAGCAUGAUUGAGGCAGGAGCUUUUAGAGGUCUCGACAAGAUCACCGGAAUAUCUUUUACAGAUAACAAGAUCAAAGAACUCCAUAAAGGAAUGCUUGAUGGACUAUCAAGUGUGGAAUGGAUAUCAUUUAGACGUAAUCCGCUAUCGUACAUAAAGCCUGGCACAUUUGACAACACGACACAAAUCAAAUACCUACUACUGGUGGAAGUUCAACUAAACUACUUGGAUCCUGACAUGUUCAGAGGGAUCGAGAAUCUCCAGUAUCUAUCCACUGAUGACUAUCGUCUGUGCUGCCUCUUUGAUAAUAGUGAUGUCUGCUCUGUAGCACAGAUGUCCUCUCUAGAUUCCUGCACCAGACUCAUGCCUAAUACUGUCCUUCGAGUCGCCAUGUGGGUCCUAGGAUUAGGCGCCCUAUUCGGCAACACCAUGGUAAUCAUCUUGCGAUGUCGUAAUAAGCGAGCAACGAACACGAGAAACCGCGAACAGGUAUUCUUCAUUUCGAAUCUAGCCAUCGCUGAUUGGAUCAUGGGUAUCUUCAUGAUCAUCAUCGCAUCAGCUGAUCUCUACUACGGAGAGUAUUACUUCCUUGACGCGCCACACUGGAGAAGCUCCGGACUCUGUAGAUUUGCAGGUGUUAUUGCAAUCUUAUCAAGUGAAAGUUCUGUGUUCUUCCUGACCAUCAUCACCGUUGAUCGUUUCCUGAGUGUGGUGUUCCCGUUCAGCAAAUUUAAACUCCAAAGCCAAUCAGCGCGCGUUUGUGUCGUCAUCACGUGGGUUAUUACAACCAUCCUGAGUCUUGGGCCCGUCGUCAUCGGCUCUUUCGUGCCGGGGUUCUACGGACUCUCUGACGUUUGCAUCGGUCUGCCCCUGAGUGUGGAUUCAACAGGAACCGGAAUUCUCGUCUACGAUUACACCCUUGCUAUCCCAGUCUUUACGCCCAACAAUGAUGGGAGCCUUCAGCCAUCUUGGAUUUAUUCUAUCGUACUCUUCUUAGGAAUCAACCUCGCCUGUUUUUUGUUCAUCCUCGUCUGUUACAUCAUAAUCUUCAUCCAGGUGAAGCGGUCCGCAAGCAGUAUCGGCAAGGAGCGAAGCACGGGAUCUCCCCAGGAGGUGAGGAUCGCCAUUAAGAUGGCUGUCAUCGUCGGCACUGAUUUCUUGUGUUGGAUGCCAGUCAUCAUCAUGGGUAUCCUCUCCCAGGCUAGACUGGUGGAGCUUCCAGUCUCCCUCUACGCAUGGUCGGCAGUUUUCAUCUUACCCAUCAACGCCACCCUCAACCCCUAUCUCUACACUUUUACAGAGUUCAUUGGCCAGAAGCGGAGGAGAGCUAACGUGAGUCAGAAAUCAAUGAUGACAAGUAGCACAAUGGCUUCGAGUAGGAAAAGCGAAUACGAAUCAAGAAUGUAAAGUUGUAAAAUCAUCGUCUCUGAAGCAAAAUUAAGAGAGAAGUCGUAAAUUCUUAAUAUUUUCUGAUAUGAAAUAAGACAGUGUUCGCUCAAUGAUUUCGUUUGUUGCAUGUUUUCUUAUCUUUCUGUGGUUGUGCAAAAUUAUCUCAAAUUGAUAAAGACAAACUUUGGCCUACUCCUUGUCGCCUGUUUUUAAGUGACAAAUUUUUAGUUUGUGUAAAUCCGGGGUGUAAAUACGUUAAUACUUUGGUUUGUUAUGAAGAUUAAUAUUUGUGAUCUUACUAAGACAAAACUGCAUAGAAACGACGGCAUACCUUCGCUACAUAUUGGAUGUCUUGUGUGAGACGAAGACUGGAAGUCAUUAUGAAUGUGAUCGGAAUAAUUAUGAUGAAUGAAUAAGUGUUUGGUUCUGCAAGAUUGGAAAACGGCUUUAAAACGGACACAUUGAAACGUUUUGCCUGCACUCAAAUUCGUUUGCGAAAAGCUUUAAUAUGUCCAAUCUUAGUGCUAUUUUCCGAUAACCUUGUGAGCGUGAUAUGUCAAAACCCUGUUCAAAGGGUGAUGUGAUGAUGAUGUAUUUUGUAAGUAUGCUUUAAUACAAAAAAUGCGUUUGACAUUCCGGCUGACAUCAAUGCAAUAUUACCAUUGUGACCUGUAUUAUAGAAGUAUCUUUGUUUCAUUGGUUAGAUAGUGAUAUUCUUGAAUAACACCUAAACUAAGAAGAAUAUUUGUGUGCUUCUAUGUCCACCAUUUUCCUUUAGCACUUUUGUUGUAAAUUUUGGGUCAUAAUUUGUUAGGUUUUCUAUUGGGCCUGAGUGCAAAAGAGCAUAAGCACAGUAAGAUAUUGUUCACAUAGAUUACUCGAUAUCAUAUAUAGAUAUCCUUUCAGUGAUCACCAUUAUUACAGUUACUACUCCAAUCCACCAAUUGGCUAUAUAAGCAAGAUCUUGAUUGAAGCAAGCCAGACUUAAAUGCUCCUAAUGGAAUGAGGGUCAGGAGAAGAAGAAGAGAGAGACUUAAGGUGGCAGCGGUGGGAAGCAAAACCCGUUCUAGAAUGACCGGGUAAGCUAAUGGAAAAAUAAACAGCUUCAACUAGUCGCGUCUCGCUCUAAUAAUUUCUGAAUAUACGUUUCAAGUAAUGUAAUGUAGAUUUUCCAAUGCUUCCCAACUGUUCUUUUACCCCAUUCCAGAACUGAACUUUAUCUUUCCUUUUGUGAUAGGUCCAUGGUCAUGUUAGCAAUCAAACACCCCAUUCCCCUAUUUCCAAUUUUAUCCCUAGUUUCAAUUUUAUCCCUAGUUUCAAGCAAGCUCACCUUUCCGGCUAGUUCAUCGAAGGUUCAUAUUAAUGAGUUUCAAUAGACGUCAUCUGUUGACGUACUGAGCCGAUUAAUUUUACUUCCUGCAGAUAAGGAUUGUUUGGAACUGGCAUUUCCCUCAUCACUGAAAUCUUUAAAACAACAAUAAAGUUAGCCUAGACCUUGGAUAAACUCGCAUUCAUGGACGACUUGUUUCAAUUCGGAUGAGUACAUAGAUACAGCCUGACAGGGACAACCAUUAAUGAUAGAGGUAAUCUUGGAAAACCCAUAAAGGCAGGAGACCAUUGAUCAAUGGCUGUAGAUCGAUGUUUGCCACACCCCACAGAAACCUAUUAAACUUGCAAUUUGUAAUGGCAACCCGAAUCAUGUUUAUAGAGCUGUAGAGAUUAAAGAUGAUCAUUCUGCAGGUGACCGUCCUUAAUUGUUCGUGUUUCGGAAAGAGAUGCUCAGUCUAAAUUUUUUUUUUACAGAGGUUGCUGGUGUAAUUUUUAAGUGUAAAGCAAGCAAAAAAAAAGGGAUUCACUACAAAAUGUAGGCCAUUUUGGUUACAUUUCUUCAUUUUGCCAUAUCUACCAGAAUUCCAGGGGGUGCUGCCUAUUUAAAAUAAUACACGCAACACCCCCGCUCCCCAGCCACAUGAUGUUCCCUUUUCUUGCACCCCCUCCCCCCAUUAGCGUGCCACGGAUGCAGGUACAUCCAUUAGAACUGGGCGUUGUGGCGUGCGCCUGUAAUCCAAGCUAUGGGGAAGUUACAAAUUGAUGCAGAGGUUCGAGCCAUGGUCACGUCUUUCGGAUGGUGACGUGAAAGGUCGGUCCCAGACGUAAAUAAUCAUAUCUGAUGGAUACACGUCUGACAAAAACUCAAAUGCACACAGAGAAUCUACCUCGGUAAUCAUUGUAACCGCAUCAAAUGGUAGCAAUUGGGUCUAGGAGUUAUACUGUGCUCGGCAAGUCAUAGAAUCUGAUGUUUGUAUACUAGUUAAUACAUUUUCAGGGAUUCUAAUGAUGACAGUAUGUCAUUUCUCGCCUUUCUUUUACAGUUAAUUAGAAAUCAUGUACAUAUUUCAACGAUAUUUCAUAUCACAGUUUCUUUAAGUUAUGAAAUGUAUGUUAUGUAAAAUAGGAAAGAAAAUGAAGAAAUU